AUGUCUUUUGCUAAACCUAGCCACCUGAGCUAUGAACAGCAUUUCGAGCGUGAAUGCGAGCUCUUCCUGGAGGCCCUGAUAAGGGAGGCCGACUCCCUCCACCAUUUGGAGGAUCGUCGCGCAGGUACCAUUCAGGUCAUUUGUGAUCUGAUUGUUCAGCUGGAGAUUCUCGGAUGGGUCGCUGAGACUAUGGCAAGAAAGUCCCCGAUGUGUCCCACAGUCCUGAUUAGCCCGCCUGGCUAUUUCAGUGGUGAAUUCCAGGGUUAUUGUCGUGCACAGAUUCUGCCUGCUUUGGUUAGGUCCCUGAUUUGCCUGAGAGAGUCGACUACUAUCCAUCGUGAUAUCAACUACACGGUUGCUGGUCAGUUGGAGGCAAUCCACGACGAUUUGACGUUUAUCCUGGAUUGUCGUGAGUAG